GCUUCCAUCCCAGCUGCUGGCCCUCAGAGAAGGAGUCGGAGGUGGAAGGGGGGGAAUGCCCGGAGCAGCCCCUCCUCCUGCCUCAUAACUUCUUCUUCCAAGCGUGGAGGGAGUUUCACUGCAGCCCGACCGAUGCUGAUGCCUGUUCCUGGGGCUGUUGGACCCUCUCAUCCAUAGGGAGAAGCCAGCGUGCGGUGGUGUGGCCCAGAUGAAUGACUCUCAAGGCUGUGUGCUGACUCCAGGAACCAAGAAGGAAUUUCUUCCCAAGGAAAAGGAAAAUGUAUGCCCAGAUCCUUGUCCUGGCAGUGGCUGUGGUGCAGUACGGAGCUGUGGCCACCCAUGAAGCGUGCAGGACAGCGGAGGUGACCGACGUUUUGUUCCUCGUGGGACAGUCACAGGGCACAGGGAAGGAGAGCUCCUGGCUGGUCAAGGACUUCAUCAGCAGUGUGGCCCGUUCCUUUGAGAACGUGGUGAUGGGCAAAGGGGGCGUCCGGCUGGCAGUGGCACUCUAUGGGGAGAAACCAAGGAUGAUCAUUGAGCUCACAGAUUACGUGACCAUUGAGGAAAUGCUGGUGGCAAUUCAGGAUAUCUCCUUUGAAUGCAACACCUUAAAAACAGGGGCAGCCCUGGCAUUUGCAGCUCAUGCCAUGUCUCACCUGGACACGAUGAGAGAGGAUGCAGCAAAGGUGGUUGUUUUGAUCACGGAUGGGAAAUCCAGCGACUCAGUUGAAAAUGAAGCCCAGGUCCUGCAGGAUGGAGGGGUGACAGUGUUUGCUGUAGGAAUUAAGGAUGCUGACAGGAAUGAACUGAACAAAGUAGCUUCAGAGCCCAGUGCAGAGCACGUGCUUUAUGUUGAAGACUUUCACCUGCUCAACAACGUGGCUCCCAAACUUUCCCGAAGACUCUGUUUCACUGCCUCAGAGCCACCACAGCCCAUCAAGCAGACAGUGCAAGCUGAGAAGAUCACUGGUCCCCAAGAUCUGCAUGUCAGUGAGCACAGCCACAGCUCUCUGCGCCUCACCUGGUUGCCAGCUACAGGGAGGGUAAUGGGGUACCAUGUCCAUCUGCAUCCCUUGAUGCCUUCAGGACAGCCAGUUUUGGAGGACCAGCAGCAGAUUGUGGUGGAUGGUGACAAAAGCACCGUGCUUGUGACUGAUCUGAAACCCAGCACCAAGUAUGUCUUCAAGGUGAGGGCUGUCUAUGGAGAUGCCCUUGGGGAAUCAGCAGCUGUCAAGGGGAAAACAACCCCUGUGCCUCCGGUCACUAAUUUCCGUGUGAUAGAAGAAGGACUUUACAGCUUGAAGGUGGCUUGGACACCUCCACUGGGCAAACUGGAGGGCUACAAGAUCUACAUCUCCAAAGCCAACAGACCAGGGAUGACCUCCGAGCAGGUCCUGCGGGGUGAUGUCUCUUCCCAUGUGCUGGAUAACUUGCAGGAGGAUAGAGAAUACAGCAUCAGCAUCUAUGCAGUGUAUCCCCAGGGGCCAAGCCAGCCUGUGGCUGCUGUGGGGAGAACAUUGAAGCUCCUGCCUGUGAGAAGCAUCUUGCUGCAGAAUGAAACCACCAAUGCUCUCCAGGCAAGGUGGAGCCCUGUCCGGGGAGCAACAGGAUACAGGCUCACUUGGACAUCAGCAGAGGGCAGCAUCCAGGAUGUGAACCUCAGCAGCACCUACAACUACUACAUGAUCCAGGGGCUGCAGCCUGGCACAGAGUACACCAUCACCAUCAACCCCAUCUUUGGGGAUGUCGAGGGACCAGUGGUGAGCAGUAAAGCAAUGACAGUGGCAUCAAGCACAGUCCAGAUGCUGAAAGUGAGUGAGAUAUCCAUCAACAGUGCUCUGGUUUCCUGGGACUCGGUUGCUGGGGCCACAGGGUACCGAGUGGCUUGGGGUCCUACACCAGAGUUCUUUGGCAAAGACCGUCCUCACCAGCUGGCCCUCAACAAGUCAACCACAGCCCACACGCUCCGCAACCUGGCCCAUGACACCGAGUAUGUGAUUUCUCUCUAUGUGCUUUUUGGCUCAGUGGAGGGACCAGGGAUCACGACUUCAACCAGGACAUCUCCUCUUGGCUACGUGUCCAAUUUCAAGGUGAUGUCCUACACCAGCACAAGCCUGUCUAUAGCCUGGAGUGCCACAGCAGCGGCCACCAAAUUCAAAGUCACCUGGAGCCCUGUUGGGACAGGCAAAGAAAACCAGGUUGCCAAGACUCAAUACUUGGGCAGUAAUGUGUUGUCUUAUCGGAUCAACCACUUGCUGCCCAACACCCUGUAUAAAGUCAGUGUUCGGGCUGUCUUCAGCAAGGCUGAGGGACCAGAGGUGACCCUGACUCACCGCACAGCAUCUUCUGGAGACUCCAACCCCAUCCGGACCAUCCAGGAUCUGAGGAUUACUGACACUAGCAUAAAUAGUUUGAAGCUGUCUUGGAAGAGGCUUCCUGGAGUAACUCACUAUAAGAUAUCCUGGGUGCCAUUCAAUGGUGGCUUGGAAACCUCCCAGCUGGUUGCAGCAGAGACAAACUCCUUCACGAUCCCCAGACUGAAGGAGAGCACCACCUACACCAUCUGCAUGUCUGCAGUGAUCAGGGGAAAGGAGGGAAGCCCCACGCUCCUCACAGCCAAAACCUUGGAUUUACCCAAAGUGACUGAGUUCACAGUGCAGGAGGCUGCAGAGACCAGCAUUGUGCUGACUUGGAGGGCUGUUCCUGGAGCAUCCAUGUACAUGUUAAUGUGGCGCUUGUCCUCAGCUUCUGAUGUUUCCCAGGAACUGUUACCAGCAGCUUCUAGCUCGUAUCGAGUGAUGGGGCUGAGUGCCAAGGAGAUGUAUUUGUUUUCUAUAAGAGCAGUCUUUGGAGAUGCCAAGGGACCAGAAACAACUCUCCUUGGGCAAACAGCGGGACCUCACAUAGGGUCACCUGCACCUAUCACUCCAAGUGAAUUGGAUAUGAUGAUAUCUACAUCCAUAUCUCCCAGCAAUGUGGGGACCACUCCUCUUCCACUGGCCACCACCACAAAUCUACCACUAACCCCAGAGACCCCACUAUCAACCACUGCAGUGUCUUCACUGCUGACGACUGUCCCUGGGCCAAUCUGUGGCAAGUUCAAAGCAGACAUUGGGUUCCUGGUGGAUGAAUCCUCGAGCAUUGGCCAAAGCAAUUUCAAUAAAGUGAAGGAUUUUCUCUUCCGGAUCAUAUCCUAUUUCCCUAAGAUUGGGCCUGAAGGGACACAGGUUGCUGUUGCUCAAUACAGUGAGGAGCCCAGGGCAGCCUUCUACUUCAACCAGCACCAUGACCGCAACAGUGCCCUGAAAGCCAUCAAGGGGCUGCACUAUACUGGAGGCAACACAAGAACGGGUCGUGGUAUAAGCUACAUGCUGAAGGAGCUAUUUCAAUCCUCCAGAGGGAUGAGACCAGAUUUCCCUCACAUGAUGGUGCUCGUGACUGAUGGGCAAUCCCAGGAUGAUGUGUUGCCACCAGCCAGAGUAGCCCAUGCUUUGGGGAUCCGCGUCAUUGCUGUGGGUGUCUCAGGAGCUGACCCCAUUGAGCUCAACAGCAUCGUGCUGCAGCAGAACCUCCAAAAUGUGUUCUAUGUCAGCACAUUUGAUGACCUACCUCAUAUCCUCAGAGAGCUCAUAGAAGUCAUUUGUUCUGACCCACAGCCUUCAGGGACCCAGCUACCAUCUGGGGAGGUUGCCAGACAUGAAGCUGACAAGCGGUUACCGUUUGGUGACACAGAGAGCGAGCCACACAUCCCUGAUCCAUCAUCAACCGAACAGCAUAUCCAAAGAGGAGAGAAGGCUUGUGGUCCUUGGUGUUUAAAGAGCUCCAGGGCUUCACCAGCUCAUGGUGGCUAUGACCCAUACAGCUUUACUACAAAGGGAGAGAAAGGAGAGCGGGGUCUACCUGGGAAGGAUGGCAUUCCCGGGCUGCCGGGCAGACCGGGGCGGACAGGUCCUCCUGGUCCCCCUGGACUCAUGGGUCCUCCUGGCAUCCAAGGAGAUGUUGGAUCUCCUGGCUAUCCAGGACCAGCGGGGCCAAAAGGAGACAGAGGUGAACCAGGCUAUGUACUGGGAGGAGUGGAGGUGAUUCCUGGACGCAAUGGGCAGCCUGGACCCCCUGGACAAAAAGGGCAGCCAGGGGUUCCAGGGGUAGCAGGACCACCAGGUUUACCAGGGCCACAGGGGCCACCAGGCAUCCCCAUCAAGGGUGAACCAGGGGAUUCAGGCAUCAGGGGCCCUCCUGGGAGGAAUGGCCUCAAGGGUGACAGGGGAGGCAUAGGAGAGCCAGGGAAACCUGGCUUGCCGGGCCCUGUGGGGCCACAUGGUGUUCCUGGACUGCCUGGACCAAGGGGAGAAAAGGGGAUUGCAGGAACUGGUAUUCCUGGCACUGCUGGAAUGAAGGGGGAGGAAGGAGAGCAGGGGGUUAUGGGACCUCCAGGAGCACCAGGACCAAAGGGACUCGCAGGACCUCCAGGGCAGAAAGGAGACCAAGGAAACCCAGGAUUUCCAGGUGCUCCAGCUAUGGGGGUUUUGGGACCUCCAGGAAAGAAGGGUGUCAGGGGAGACAUUGGACCAAGUGGGGCCUUGGGACCACAAGGAGACAAAGGAAUGCAAGGAGACAAAGGAGAGAAGGGAAGUCCAGGUUUCGGCGUUCCAGGUCAACCUGGUCUAAAGGGAGACCCAGGCGACAGGGGAAAUGUAGGUUUGUCUGGCAAACCAGGGCAGAAGGGGGAUACAGGCCUGAAGGGACAGAAAGGUGAACCAGGAUUACCUGGGAAACCAGGCAAGACCGGACUAAGAGGUAAAGAUGGAGAAGCAGGGAGGAAAGGCACCUCUGGGACCAAGGGAGAAGCUGGUGCCCCUGGAGAGCCAGGAAAGAGGGGAAUCAGGGGUCCACGAGGGCUCCCAGGACGGCCUGGAGAGAAGGGGAUAAAAGGCGACACCGGACAACCUGGAAAGGAUGGUGAGCCUGGGCUGCCUGGCACUCCUGGAAGCACUGUAUCUUCUCUGGAGAACACCAUUACCCUGAAAGGUGACAAGGGGGAUCGAGGGAAGGAUGGAUUGAAAGGCGAAAGAGGUCCUCCGGGCCCAAAGGGAGAACCGGGUCCACCAGGCAAAGGAGUGGAAAUGCAGGAUCUGGAGAGGCUUUUUGAAGCAAAUGGUAUCAAGCUGGCACUGCUGAAGGACCUCUCCAACGCACUCCUGCGGGAUGGGCUGGAUGUGCUGGUGCAGCAGCUCAGUGGCUCCAAGACAAGCCAAACCUCCAUGAGAAAGCCAGCAGCUCUGCAUGUCACUGAGCACAGUGGGCCUUCUGCUGGUGGUUCUGAACCUGAGUAUCAGUCCCUAGGAGACCCUCCUGAGCCCUUGGAGAAAACACCUGAGGAAGGAAGGAAGCAGAGAGACUCAAAAGGGACAAACACUUCUCUCAGCAGUAGCUUGGCUGCGCCCCCAUCACACCCAGAAGACGAUGUACAAGGAAAUCAGUCCACGGAGCUUCAGGAGUCCUUGGAGGACAGGGUGGAAGGACAACCACAGCAGGACAUCAGCCAUGAAGAUGUGAAUUCCGAUGGUGGCUCUGUGCUCCCAGGGCAUGUUAGAGCCAGGAGAUCUGCUGAGCACAAGACACACAAGAUUCAUCCUCCUGGUGCCUCGGGAGCUCGGAAAUCACUGCCUGGAUCUGCGAAGGAGGGAACUGGCCCAGCAGAUCCACCCUCCUGUGGCCAAAAGGGAGAAAUGGGAGCUCCAGGAGUCCAGGGAGACAAAGGAGAAAAGGGGCAGCCUGGGGAGAUGGGAGAACCUGGAACAAAGGGCACCAAAGGAGAAAGAGGUGAAAAUGGUCAAAAGGGAGAACCAGGAAUUGGGUUCAGAGGUCCUAUUGGUCAGGCUGGGCCACCUGGACUUAAGGGUGAGCCAGGGGCCCCAGGAUCUCCGGGAGCUCAAGGCAUCCAGGGCAUUCGUGGCAACCCCAGCAUCCCAGGGUCACAGGGAGACAGAGGGGCUCCAGGUCUGCCCGGGAUGCCAGGACAGAAGGGUUUUGUUUUCAAGGGGGAGCGUGGGAAGAGAGGCCGGAAUGGAUUUGCUGGACCCCCGGGACCACCAGGAUCCCCAGGAAAGGAGGGGAUUCCUGGGACACCGGGACCCAAAGGCAACAAGGGAGAAAUUGGCUUUGGAGCAGCUGGACCAAGAGGACCUCAUGGACUGCCUGGCCCUCAGGGUGAUGAAGGCAUCGUGGGAAUCCGGGGUCCUCCUGGCAUAAUGGGUUUGAAAGGCUUCCCGGGUCCAAAAGGCGAAAGAGGUGAUCGGGGACUUCUGGGACCCAAGGGAGAAAGAGGUGAGCCCAUGACUAUUUUUGGACCCCAGGGCUAUAAAGGCAGUAAAGGAGAUCCUGGGGAACAGGGCCUGCCAGGUUUUGAUGGAGACAAAGGAGAGAAGGGAGAGGAUGGGCCUGUAGGAGAAAAGGGAGGCAAGGGUGAAGCCGGCUCCAAGGGAGUGAUGGGGCUUUUUGGAGCAAGAGGACCAGUGGGGCAGAAGGGGGAGCCGGGAGAACCAGGCUGGCCAGGCUCUGCUGGUGCAGCAGGUCUCAAUGGGCAGAAUGGACACAAGGGAGCCAAAGGUGACAGAGGUCUUCAGGGGGAGAAGGGGAAGCCGGGAGGAAAAGGUGAUGCUGGGACCACUGGUGACACGGGACAGAAAGGAGCAAAGGGCUUACGAGGGCUUCCAGGACGCAUCGGAGCUCCCGGAGCCAAAGGCAUUAAGGGAGAACCUGGCAGUCCUGGAAAACCAGGGAUCCAAGGAUCAGAUGGACAGUAUGGACCAAAGGGUGAACAGGGAGCAUCAGGGGAUGAUGGUGCCUCAGGGAUUCCUGGAGAGAAAGGAGAAAAGGGGACCAAGGGAGUUCCUGGCUUGGGAGGCUUCAAAGGACAAAUGGGGUGGCCUGGGAAGACUGGAGUCCCUGGACCAGAUGGGCCUCAAGGGCCACAGGGUGAGCCAGGGCCACAGGGUCCACGAGGGAAAAGAGGGAAAUCUCAGUUCUGCCUUAGGGGACCACCAGGCAUGGACGGGCAGAAAGGAGAAAGGGGUGAAAAUGGUCCGUCCGGCCAGAAAGGAGAAAAGGGAGGUCCUGGUCUUUCUGAGGAAGAGGUGAAGGAGGUGGUGAGGAGCGAGAUGAGAGGCAGAUGUGAUUGUGGAGGUGAGUUGGGAAGGAUGCUCAUCGAAAGGGGUGUGGAGGCAGCUGAAAUCAACAGGCAGCUCCAAGGGGAUUUUCAGCCUUGGGAACACAGCAGAAGGGAUGGUGAAAGCCAGGAGGAAACACUUAACAAACCCCAGAACAUGACCACGGUGGCGACCUCACUGAAGCCCUUCAUGAAGCCACCUUCACUUAUUGCAGUGGCUCCCCAGGCGCAGCAGAUAACGGGUCCCUCUCAGCACCAGCGCCAAGAAGCCCACACUCAAUUACCAGAACCCUGCCUGCAGCCGAUGGACGAGGGUUCCUGCCAGCACUACACCCUGCUCUGGUAUUACCACGCAGAGGCAAACGCCUGCCGGCCCUUUGUCUUCGGGGGAUGCCAAGGGAACAGCAACCGCUUCGAGACCAAGUGGAGAUGUGAACAGCAGUGCAGAACCUCAGCAGAUGUUUCCUUCAAACCAGAGAUGUGCUAACAAUAGCUGCAGGCACCAUGUGUGCAGAUAGGUGCUAACACCCCUUUGGCGAAGAGGUAGAGGUGCAAGGGA